UCUCCGGUGUUGUGUUGGUUUUGCUCGGGAGCCUUUGAGCUUCCGAGGUUUUGAUUCUUGAGCGGCCGGGCUCCCCGGCCGCUCAAGCAUGAUGGAGCCGCCCUGUGCUCCCUCCUCCAAUGACCCUUCCGGGUCUGUCGGCUUUUGGGUCCCUUUCCGGUGACCCCUUUGGUUUUCCUGUUUUCUUGUUGUUUGUUUUUCUUUGUUUUCUUGUAUGGUUUGUUUUUCUUUGUUUUCUUGUAUGGUUUGUUUUUCAGAUCUGGCGACCCUUGGCUUUUCCUAUAGAUCUUGGGAGGUGCUCGCUGAUUUUCCAAAUCUGGCCUCGCCGGACUGGAUCUCUGCUGCGGCGUCCUAGAGAUUUCGCGCCAUCCUCUCCGGAGUAGAUUGAAGGGUGUCCCAUGGCUGGAUCGAUCAACCUCAGGUUGCUCGAGUGACUUCACCUCCCUUCCUCCCACGCAUCGAGCCUACUCUGCUUUGCUUCUCCAGUUUGUUCUUAUUUUUAUUUGUUACCCUUAUCCUUUUGGAUAUGGUCUGUUUGUAGAUGCCGUAUGGCAGUUUCCUUAAUGCAAUGCUAAUUACCCUUUG